GUCAGAUUACGGAUGGCAUCAUAAAUAGAUGCCAGCCCGGGCGGGCCGGAGAAUGAUCUCGAAUGAGACUGCGGGGAGUAAUAUAUAGAGCAAGCAUUCUUGUCGUUCUUUAGUUUGUAAACUAGCAUCUAGCAAAGAGAUUAACUUCAACAUCCAUUCAGGCUGAGUCUGAGAAGAUCGCAGCAGGGCGUUCACAGUCCCACAUCAUCAUUUAAGAGGAGGCAUUUUAUUUUUCGAAAGACAGAUUUCGUACUGCCCAUCGAACAAGGGGAGAAAUUUUUUUGAGAGAUAAAGAAACGCAUUCAACAUAAUUAUUUGCUGUUGUUUGUUCCGUGGGAAUAAAAAGGAAUUUACACAAGCAAUAUUUGAUCAUUUUGCAGGCCUAUAAUCGAAGAGAUAAGGGGUUCACAUAAGAGGGUCAAGGAUGUCAAACCCGAAAGCGAUCGGUAUUGAUCUAGGAACCACGUACUCCUGUGUGGGUGUGUUUCAGAACGGAAGGGUGGAGAUCAUCGCCAAUGACCAAGGUAACAGAACCACGCCCAGUUACGUGGCUUUCACCGAUACGGAGAGGUUGAUCGGAGAUGCGGCGAAGAACCAAGUUGCAAUGAAUCCUAAAAACACAAUAUUCGACGCCAAGCGACUGAUCGGACGUCGUUACGAUGAUGCAGCUGUGCAAUCAGACAUGAAGCACUGGCCUUUUACGGUCUACAACAAUGGCGGCAAACCUAUGCUGCAGGCGGAAUACAUGGGAGAGACGAAGCGCUUCGCUCCAGAAGAAAUCAGCUCUAUGGUCCUUACGAAGAUGAGGGAGACCGCUGAAGCGUACCUCGGUUACAAGAUCAACGACGCGGUUAUAACCGUCCCGGCUUACUUUAACGAUUCUCAGCGAACCGCAACCAAAGACGCGGGUAAGAUUGCUGGCCUGAACGUCCUGCGUAUCAUCAAUGAGCCUACCGCUGCCGCUCUGGCAUACGGUUUAGACAAAAAGCUCCGCGGUGAGCAGAACGUUCUGAUCUUCGACCUUGGUGGUGGAACCUUUGAUGUUUCUAUCUUGGCUAUCGAUGAGGGUAUCUUUGAAGUCAAGUCAACUGCUGGCGAUACUCAUCUUGGCGGGGAGGACUUCGACAACCGAAUGGUUAAUCAUCUUGUUGAGGAGUUUAAGAGGAAGAACAAGAAGGAUAUUCGUGGAAACGCCAGAGCUUUGAGGCGGUUGCGUACCGCUGCGGAACGUGCAAAACGCACUCUUUCUAGCAGUACCCAGGCAAGUAUUGAGGUAGACUCCCUCUACGAAGGUAUUGAUUUUUACACCAGUGUGACCCGGGCAAGAUUUGAAGAGCUCUGCUCGGAUAUGUUCAGAAAGUGCCUUGAUCCGGUCGAACGCGCCAUAGUAGAUGCCAAACUUGACAAAAUUCAGAUCAACACUGUGGUCUUGGUCGGUGGGUCCACACGGAUCCCGAAGAUUCAGAAACUGCUGCAGGAUUACCUGAAUGGAAAAGAACUGAACAAGUCCAUCAACCCAGACGAGGCUGUUGCCUAUGGUGCAGCAGUUCAGGCUGCUAUCCUGUCAGGUGACCAGAGUUCUGAGGUCAAAGAUGUACUUUUGGUGGAUGUUGCCCCAUUGUCUCUGGGAAUCGAGACCGCUGGUGGUGUAAUGACCAAACUGAUUGAACGCAAUACCCGCAUCCCAACCAAAGCUCAGCAGACCUUCACAACCUACGCAGAUAACCAAAGCGCAGUCAGUAUCCAGGUCUAUGAAGGAGAACGCUCCAUGACCAAAGACAACAACCUCCUUGGCAACUUCCAACUCUCUGGAAUCCCUCCCGCACCGCGAGGCGUCCCUAAAAUCGAGAUCACAUACGACAUUGAUGCUAAUGGCAUCCUCAACGUCACAGCCAAGGAUGAGAGUACUGGUCGUACAAACAAAAUCACUAUCACCAACGACAAGGGUAGGCUGUCCAAGGCAGACAUUGACAGGAUGGUCAACGAUGCCGAGAAGUACAAAGCUGAAGACGAAGCUCAAUAUGAUCGUGUCUCCGCUCGGAACCAACUGGAGAGCUAUGCUUUCAGUAUGAAAUCCACCGUCAAUGAUCCUGCCAUCGAAGGCAAGCUAUCUCCAGAAGACAAACAGACAAUCCUCAAGGCUGUCGAAGACACUGUCCAGUGGCUGGAAAGCAACUCGCUGGCCGAGAAGGAUGAGUUUAACUUUAAGAUGGAGGAGUUGCAGAAGAAGUGUUCCCCCAUCAUGGCGAAGCUUCAUCAAGGUAGCGGAGGUGGGGCACCCGGAGGGCAGCAAUCUGAAGGGCCACGUGUCGAAGAGGUCGAUUAAUGUUACGCAUUGAACUGUCCUGCAUGGCUGUCAUUGCUGAUAGAAGCAUGGUUCAUUGCUUGCGAAAUUUAAAGCUAAUUGGCCGGUACUUUGGAUCAAGAGGGCAAAGGGGGCAAGUGUACUCAUGAGGAUCUGACCUACUUUGGGGAACCUCUUUUGGGGCGUCUUAAUUCGCAGAGACGGAUGUAGGCAACCAUUACGUGAAUAAAAAAAAAUUAAUAAAGUUAUGAAGAAAUCAAGCUGUUAUGUGAUGGAUGGCAUUCUAACAUCUUGUAACUAUGUGUGUGUGAAAAGGAUAACUGAAACUUGAUCCCUACACCGUGAAAUGGCGGUUAUCGAGCAGAAAGUAAAUAUGAAACAUUUUCUUCAUCGAAUCACGAGGAUGCGUAAUGAUAAUGAUAAAGACUGUUGGUAGAUCUUAAAAUGUAACAUAAACCAAUCUAAAUUUGUUUUAUUGCAAAUUUUUGGUCACAUUUAUCUAAAAUUUAAGAAAAUUCUAGUGGACGUAAACUAAGAAAAAGAAACGCAAUGUUUAUCAAUAUUUGUAUACAACAGUAGGUAGGUGGAUCUUUGUCAAAAGUGUGAUUCAUCUCUAGUAACGUCUCAUCGUACUCACCAUUUCCUAAUAUCAUGAAUAUCCUAUCAAAUUAUUCCUUUUGGCAUAUUUGGGGGGGGGGGGGGUAAUCAAUAAAAAAAUCUAUUUUUAUUUUUGAUGGUUUUAGUGCAGAAUUACAUUAAUUAAAAAAAAAGUUCCCCUGAUUUUACAAAAGCAGCUCCCAGCUGGUAAAGUAUUUUAAAACUCAUUAUUUGGAUAUUUCUUUCUACAAAGAUAAAAGGUCUUUAAUGCAUUUUUCUUAAAAUUAUACAAAGAAGUACAAUGUAUACCCCUAAGAUAGAAAAUAUAUAUUUUUUCAUAAUUAUUAUACAACUGUGAUGAUUACUUUUAUUCUUUAUAGCAAAAUAGAUUCGUGUUAAAAUGCAUCUAUUCUGUACUAUUUUUAACACAAUUGCAUGACAUUAUGUUUUUAUUUGUAUAGUUUUGUUUAUGAAUAUUAUUUACUGCAUCGCAGCAGAAUAAAGAAAUUAACGUAUACUAAUAUCGAAAUUGAUA